UGCGGGAAACGCCACGUCUCUCUGGACUUACCUACGUGGCGCAUUCACGUGCGCGCAUAUUUAUUUUAAUCUCUUUCGCGCUCUUUAAUGCCGAACGGGGCUCGUCAUCUCAUGGGGAAGUUAAUCGUUACUUUAUAUUUAGCCAGGUUCAGCCGCAUAGUUUUAUUGUGAUGCGCGCACGAGAGCACGCUUUUAAUAUAGAUUAGAUGUAUAUAUAUAUAUACAUGUGGCAAAAAGAAUGAGUCAGGCAGCACACAUUGCAUAAGAUGUCGCGGCUGGAUGGGCCUAUGCGUCCAGACUUAGCUGCAGAUUACUUGUAUCAAUAAAUGCGGCAUUGGAUAAAUAUCUGUUCGACAAACGUAUUCCUCUCGUUUACUUGUUCGCUGGCUCGCUCGCUCGCUCGUCAAUUUCAAAGAAACAAUAACAUUUAGGGAAAAAAAUUUUGAAGUGUUUUUGCACGCUGUUCUUGUACACAUAUUCCUCGCAUUUUUCUCGGUACCGGCCUUGUAAUAAUUUACUUUUUUAUCGCACGAAUUAUUAAUGCGAAUCAUCGAAACGUAACGAAAGCGAAGGCCGAACAAUUUUCUAAAUUAGUUUUGAGUUGUCUUAUAAACGUUGUCACUUAUAAAGGUACGCUUUGUUACAUCUUGCCGUUUGCGAAACGCUUGCUGUUCGCGGCCGCAUGUAAUUGUAAGAUAACGAUGAAGCUAUUGUGGCUCGUAAGUAGGAUCGUCAUGAGGCUCACCAUGUCUCAUCAUAUCGUUACCGUAUGCGUGGUGUGUGUACUGUGCGCCGCACACGUGCCUUGUUCGGCGCAUACGAAUUUAUCGGCGAUGCAGGCGUCGGACAAUUCAACAAGUACCAAAAAUCACUCGGAUCCACACGCGCAGGGACAACAAGGGUUUUGGCCGAUAAGAUCUAAGACUGUAGAUCCGUAUCUGAAGAAUCAACAGAAAUACAAUCCAAAUAACGUCACUAGCAAUAAGCGCGACGCUGUGAGAUCUCGUAAUAGUCUGCGACGCAUCGACAGUAAUAAUAACACUAUCUCGGUAACCGCUGAUGCGACAUCGACUGCAUCGUACGAUACUCAUCUUAAGAAGCAGAUGACAGAAAGCUUAAAGGGCGGCGGGAGUCCGCAGGACACACGGCCGUCCGUUGGGAGCGCGAACGCGUUUGUAAAUUCAAGAGACGCGGAGCUCUUGGAGCGUCUGUCUCAAACGGAGUUGAUGCCGGAUGUCAAAGAACAGAAGUCUGCACAGUCUAGUGAAAAUUUACGUACUGUUAAUAAAUCUAGAUUAAAAAGAGACGUGAACGAGAGGUACUUCAUGCAGAAGAUCUUCGAGGCCUACGGCGAUGGAACGAGUAUAACUAUGGAGGGUUUCGAGAAACUUGUCCGAAAACUAGGUCUACUAAGAUUAUUGACUGAUGUAUCGGAGGUGGAUAACGGUGGCACUGAUAGAAAUAGUAAGAGUUUUCCAAGUAAAGGCCUACACGACACAGAUAGUAAGAAUAACAAGGAAAGGUGCUUAAAUAGUCAAGAGUUACUGAGUACUGUCGCCCAAGAUACGCAUUACGUUUCCAACAGUAACGCGACGACAUUGCCUAGCUGGCUCUUCGAACGCGUAUGUCCGGUUCUUGUGUAUCAAUUAGCGGCCGAAUCCAGUUCGGAGAGGAACGGCUGUAUACGAGUACCCGAGAAUUACAAGCCCGUCGUGCCAGUCGAUAAGUUUUAUACCACAGAGGAUUCGGCGCGCAAUACUGUAAAAGUUUGGGUAUAUUCAACAGUUAGUAUUUUCGUAAUUAGUCUUAGCGGGCUGCUCGGCGUAGCAGUAAUUCCGAUCAUGGGAAAGAACUAUUAUCAUCACGUGCUACAAUUUCUAGUUGCGCUGGCCGUAGGUACUUUAACCGGUGAUGCCUUUAUCCAUCUAUUACCACACGCGAUGAUGCCGCUUCAUCAGCACGAACACGACGAACAUGAGGAACAUCACGACGAAAGCGCGUUAUUAAUUGAUCAUGCGAAUCUACACAGCAUGAACAUGUGGAAAGGAUUGGUCGCUAUGAUGGGCUUCGUGGUAUUCUUCUUCACCGAAAAGGCGAUAAAUAUGAUAUCCGAAUGGUGGAAACAUUGGCAGCAUAGAAAAAAAUUACCUACGCGAGUGAGAGUGAUGAGAGAGAGUGAUGGCCCAAACAGUAAUGUUGUCGGUGAAAAGCUGUGUAAACACAAGUACUCAUCGUACCCGUAUUGUUACGGCGAAAUCGCUAGCGAAACUCAAGAUAAUCAUCACACUCGCACUCGAAUGAAUCAUCAUGAAAGACCACCUAUCAUCGAGGAGGAGAAACCGUUGACGUCCAACUGUAAUUCCGUCACGAAAAUCGUGGCCGAUGACAUGGAGAAAAAACCAAAGGAUGAUUGGAGAAUGGACGACCCGAUCGAAAAUGCUAAGAAAAGUGUCGAUGGUGCCGAUGUAUCGUUAAAUGAAUCGGAGAGCUACACCGUCAUAAUACGCGAACACGAGACCAAACAUCACGGCCAUAGUCAUUCCCACGGCCACGUACACUCGGCCCCCGAAUCAAUGUCCAACGUGGCUUGGAUGGUCGUAAUGGGGGAUGGUUUGCACAAUUUUACGGAUGGAAUGGCUAUCGGAGCGGCUUUCUCGGCAAACAUCGCAGGUGGAUUUUCCACGGCUAUCGCUGUCCUCUGUCACGAGUUACCUCACGAACUUGGUGACUUUGCGGUGCUACUAAAAGCGGGCAUGAGUACCAAACGGGCUGUUUUUUAUAAUGUGCUAUCUUCAGUGCUCUGUGUGUUAGGUAUGAUAAGUGGAAUAUUGUUGGGAAGUACUCCCGACGCCACCAGCUGGAUAUUCGCAGUUGCCGCUGGAAUAUUUAUAUAUAUAGCAUUAGUAGACAUGGUACCAGAAUUGACGUCGAGUCAUUCCGCGGAAAGUGGUUCGCGAUUGCAAUGCGUUUGGCAAACUUUAGGCUUAUCGACAGGCCUCGGGAUUAUGUUACUUAUCGCCGCCUACGAGCACGAUCUUAAACAUAUUUUCGACAAUUAGAUUUACUAGAGUAACUGCUUGUAUUGAUGUCAUAAACGAAACUUCUUCCUAUUACGUUGAAAUUGUCAAAUUAUCUCUUUUGGAUUUAAUCUCGAUUCUAGCAAUUCUUUAGCACUUAAUGGUUCAGUGAAAGUUGCUCUCUCUCUCUUCCUCUCUGCAGUAAUUAUUAUUUCGUACAUUUCGAAAGAAAGAACGUAAUGGGAAGGCUACAUAAAUUAGAUCGCAAUUUAGAUGAAGCGACAAUAUCCGAACUAGGAUUGCCGGUAAAAGUACUUUAGAAAAACGAAAGAGCGUUGAAUUUCUGAAGAAAUAAGAUUUCUAUUAGACAGAGUACCAAUAAUCGAAUUGUCAAACAAUCGAAUUACAAACUGUGUUAAUUAUUUCCGAACCAAUCGUAUUAAAGAUAUUUUCAUGCUUUUUCUAAGAUCAGCUUAAAAAUACUCGUAUCGAGUGAGCAAAAUUAAUUUUUCAUCAUGAUAAGAUAAAUUUUAAAUCGUGUAGUAGCUACAUAAAUAAUCGUCAAGAGACUGAACGAUUCUGAAAUAGCAAUUUUUUUCCCUUUUUUUACAAAGUUAUUCGCAUGUCAACAAUGCCAGUUAUUGUCAUUGAUUCACAUUCAUUGUUAAAUGUACGAUAUUGAUAUAGUAUCACGUAUAGUAUUAUUUUACGAAUGAAAGAUUAAUUUUGUACAAGUGCUCCGUGUAGAUUACACGGACAUAACGAUUUAAUACGACAUUUCCAAUCAACUAGCUGGAAUAAUGGUACGAGAGUUUACAUGUGGUACAUUACAUUUAAGUAUUGUUAGUUUGCAGCAAAUUUGUGAUAAUUUUGCAUAACCAGUUACUUACGAAUCAAUGUAUAUUUCAUUAUAGGUGUACAACUACAUUAUCGAUACUUAUAAUAUUCAUCGUAAUAUUCUUGCAAUUUAAAUAGAUCUAUCACAAUAAGAAUGUAAAUUUAUUUUUUUAACUGUCUUGUUAUAUUUUUUUUACAAGAAAGUAUAAACUGUGCUGCAAACGAUCUCAAAAAAAGGUGUCUCACGAAUAAACAUGGCUUAAAAGAAGUAUCAUACAUGACAAUAUUUGAGAAACUUGUAUUUAUGUUUAUAAUACACGAGUGUUUAUUUUCGCCAAAUAUUAAUGAUAACGUUAAUAUUAAUAAUAACAGUAAUGAUAGUAAUAAUUUUAGGCUUUUAUAUACACUGUAUUGAAACAUUAAGAACUUUAAUUUUUCUGACGUCGCCACUUUUACUUUAUUGAUUAUGAUGAUGUGUGUAUAUUGGAAUGCAUUUAAAUGUAGCAAGAAAUUGUAGCUAUGUAAAAAAUUGUACACGUUGCUGAUACAUUGACUUUUCAAAAAAUUAUUGCUAUUCUGUCGAAAAUUUAAUUUUAUCCAUCUUUUAUACAGUAUAAGUUCCUCUUCAUUGUAUAUAAUUAGUAUUAAUAUUAUGUAACCAAUAACGCAGGCGUGCUAUUUUGGUUAUUUUUAUAGAAAAUGUAAAAAUGUAAAGAGCGUUCUUGUAAAAUCAAUUUUGUUUAUACAUAAUUGAGAUUUGAACUGCGCUACUGAAAUACAGAUACAAUAAGCUACA